ACGGGCUCCGGCGCGGCCCUCUAUAAAUCCCAGCCCACUUCCUCCGUGUCAGUCGACAGCUGCGCUGAGGUCUGGAGGAUUGCGCCACAGAAGCCUGAACAAAGAGAGCACCGCAGAUCACAGAGCGUGACCAUGUCCUGGGACAGUUACAUCGACAGCCUGAUGGCCGAGGGCGACGUGGAGGACGCCGCCAUCGUGGGCUGCGAGUCGGGCCAGGAGUCGGUGUGGGCGGCGUCCAAGGGCGGCCUCUUCGCCACCAUCACGCAAGCGGAGACCCGCGCUCUGGUCAGCAAGGACCGCAGCGGCCUCUUCGCCGGGGGCUGCACGAUCGCCGGCAUGAAGUGCACGGUGCUGCGGGACGCCUUGAACAGCGACGGUCAAAACACCAUGGACAUUCGCACCAAGGCCAGCGAUAAAAUGCCAGACACCUACUGCAUCUGCGUUGGCAAAUCCCACAAAGGUCUCGUGUUUCUGAGAGGCAGAAAGGACACCCACGGAGGCAAGCUCAACUCCAAAAUCUUCCCCAUCAUCGAACACCUGAGGAAGUCAGGCUACUGAUAGAAGCCCCACCCCCACUCUUCUCCGGGACCGGACCCCGGAGCGGGAGCGUGCAUCACUGAACACCUGAGGAAGUCGGGCUGCUGCAACACCCCACAGUUUGACCCCUCGAAUAUUUGUGUGCCUUUUUAGAUACCCUGUGGAGCAAACCUGUAACUCUCACGAGGACAAAUAAAAGAUUUUAUUCUAAUAGGAA